UUAUGUUUACUUCGUCGUCGGGCUCGAGUGUGAAACGUGUACUGGUGGUUUCUUCUCAAAAGAGUGUGCAAAAGCUGACUUUAAUUGCGGAUAUCUGUUCCUUUCCUAGCAUAAAUUGUGAAAUUCAGUUCAAUUUAUUCGAAUCAGCUUGGGAAACGGUAUAGGAUUUUUUGCCCCCGCAAGAUACGAUACAGUAAUGAGUGAGAAAGAACUUCUCCAAACCCAGAUCACCGCUCAGGGGGACGUCGUCCGUAAGCUGAAAUCGGCCGCUGCAGAUAAAUCCCAGUAACCGAAUUGCGAAAACGCAAAGUCAACCACCUCUGCAAAGACACGAAAACCAACACACACAUCGACAAACAGCAAAUAGAAAAAAAACAACUCACUCGCCACGGGGCGCGACAGUGAGAAGAAAACAAUCAAUUUUCGGCGUGGAAGCGGAAGCGCCAAGCGUAACGCCGAUUACCGAUCACGUUGGCAAAGACGGGCGCAAAAAGCUACUGAAAAAAAGAGCAUUAUGCUUCGUCAGAUACGCCCCAGCUACGUUUCAACAAUAAUACUUCGCUCAACCGGAAUCACGGCUCGGCAUGAUCGCCGCUAUUCUUUGUUUACCACAAAAACGGGCCCUCAAAAACCACCCGGUUGCCACCGAUCUCACACAAAUUGUCGCUUCUGCUAUUCCAAGCUGGCGCAGACGCAAGAAACUGACAGUUCGUUCAGCGACCAAAUUGCAAAGAUCAAUGACGAAGUAGCCAAACUGUUAGCCUUGAAAGCCCAGCUAAAGGACCUGGACGAGGAUGGAGUGCCGGAAGCGGGAAACAAAAACCUUGUACUGAAGACACCGAAAGGAACGCGGGAUUAUGGCCCGGAAUCGAUGGCACUGCGGCAGCAGAUUUUCGACAAAGUGAUUGCGGUGUUCAAAAAGCACGGUGCAGAAACGAUCGAUACGCCGGUGUUCGAGCUGAAGGAGGUGCUGACCGGGAAGUACGGUGAGGAUAGUAAGCUGAUCUAUGAUUUGAAGGAUCAGGGAGGGGAGAUUCUAGCGCUGCGGUAUGAUCUGACGGUGCCGUUUGCGCGGUUCGUCGGAAUGGGUAACGUGUUUAACAUUCGCCGAUACCACAUUGCGAAGGUGUAUCGGAGAGAUAACCCGGCUAUGACGAAGGGUCGGUACAGGGAGUUUUAUCAGUGUGAUUUUGAUAUUGCUGGGACGUACGAUCCGAUGCUGCCGGAUGCGGAGUGCGUUAAGGUGGUGGUGGAGAUUCUGUCCGACUUGGAUAUAGGAGAAUUUGUUGUAAAAUUGAACCACAGAAAGCUGUUGGAUGGAAUGUUUGAGGCUUGUGGUGUCCCGGCUGAUAAAUUCCGGACGAUUUGUUCGUCGGUGGAUAAACUGGACAAAACGCCGUGGGAUGAGGUACGAAAAGAAAUGAUCGACGAAAAAGGACUAGAGGCGUCGAUCGCUGACCGAAUCGGGGAAUAUGUCCGCAUGAGCGGCGGCGUCGAACUGGUGGAUAAACUGGCCGAGGAUGAAAAUCUUAAGAAGAUUAAACCCGCUCUGGAAGGCAUCGCCGAUAUGCGUCUACUGCUGCAGUAUUGUGAAAUCUUUGGAUUGAAAGACAAGAUCAUUUUCGAUUUAAGUUUAGCCCGUGGUUUGGACUAUUACACCGGAGUGAUCUACGAAGCUGUUUUGAAAGCGGAACCGCCUGCACCGACCGUCAAUGGUGGUGGUAAGUCGAAGAAGAACAAAGAAGAAGAUGUAAGCGUCGGAUCGGUUGCCGGUGGUGGCCGAUAUGACAAUUUGGUCGGUAUGUUUAAUCCGAAGCGAAAGCAGGUCCCUUGCGUUGGAGUUUCGAUCGGGGUGGAGAGAAUCUUUUCCAUUUUGGAGGCGAAAACUCAGCAGAAGGUACGAACGACGGAGGUUGAGGUUUACGUUGCUUCCGCCCAUAAAGGAUUGCUACUGAAGCGGAUGGAGGUCCUCAAUAAACUGUGGGGUGCUGGGAUUAAGGCGGAACAUUCAUACAAGCAAAAUCCGAAGCUUCUCGCGCAGCUGCAGUACUGCGAAGAGUACCAAAUUCCGUACGCGAUUGUGCUCGGUGAUGGAGAGCUGUCACGUGGCGUGGUGAAGUUAAGGGAAAUCAACAGUCGAAAAGAGGACGAGGUGCCUCUGGAAACGCUGGUGGAAGAACUACGAAAUAGGUUAUCGCUCUCCUAAUUGUUUGCAGGUCCAGUUGAAUCAAUAUAUUCCUAAUAACUUAUUUUCAAACGCAAUAGUUAUCGAGCGGUAGGGAGUUCGAAACCGCAAAACGAGAAAAGUGCUGCCCUAUUUGAUUAAUAAAAAUUUCUCUGAAGCGAAA